AUGGAGGUAAGGCACGCACGAUGCAUCGGGCAGCUGCAAUCCGUCCUCUCUCUCCAAAGUCCAAAUGCAGACGAGACGCAACACCGUGCACAGGAAAGACAUACACGCGCACUAGACACAGGAGUAGCAGCCGCCGAGCGGGACCAGAGCAGCGGCGGCCCACCUGUCAUCAUGCUAGACAAAUGCGUGUGCACAAUCCGGGUGCACAUGCGUCGACCCACCCCUUCUGCAGCUGAUGCAGGACACACAACUCCCCACGACGCACGACGCACUACGCGGGAAGCGCGUGAGGAGCGCCGCGCAAGGAGCGGUUGA